AUGAUCAGGAUCAGGAGGAAGAAGCUGUGGGCGUCCUGCUUCUGCUUCACAGCUGCCCUUUUCCUCGUGGCGACGCUCCAGGUGAUCACUGAACUGGGCAAUUCAGAGAGGAAGACUGCAGUACAAGGUGGCCUUUUAAAGCCUGAGCAGAGACCUGCUUUUCAAUUUAAGAAGCAAGAACUUCAUGGCAACUUCAAGACGGAGACUGAGAAAGGGACUGAUGGAAAUCACUACCCCAUCCUGCUCUGGUGGUCUCCCCUGACUGGAGAGACAGGGAGAUUGGGUCAGUGUGGAGAGGAUGUUUGCUUCUUUACUAUCAACAGGACCUACCAGCACCAUCAGAUGACAAGAGCAUUUCUGUUCUAUGGUACUGACUUCAGUGUAGGCAGCCUGCCCCUCCCUCGUAAAGGCCAUCACGACUGGGCCCUUUUCCAUGAAGAGUCACCGAAAAACAACUACAAGCUCUUCCAUGAACCAGCCAUCACCUUAUUCAACCACACUGCAACGUUCAGCCGUCAUUCGCACCUACCGCUGACCACUCAGUACCUUGAGGGUAUCGAGGUUCUGAAGUCCUUGAGGCACAUGGUCCCUCUGCAGAAGAAGAACAGCUUGAGGAAGAGGCUUGCACCGCUUGUGUAUGUGCAGUCUGACUGCAACCCUCCUUCUGACCGGGACAGCUAUGUGCGUGAGCUGAUGUGCCACAUCGAAGUAGACUCUUAUGGGGAAUGCCUGCAUAACAGGGACCUUCCUCAGCCUCUCAGAAAUCCGACUGCCAUGGAUGAUGGGAACUUCUAUAAAAUACUAGCACAGUACAAGUUCAUUCUUGCCUUUGAAAAUGCUGUUUGUGAUGAUUACAUCACUGAAAAGCUUUGGCGGCCACUGAAACUGGGGGUAGUACCAGUGUACUAUGGCUCUCCCAGCAUUGUGGACUGGCUUCCUAGUAACAAGAGUGCAAUCCUGGUAUCUAGAUUUUCACACCCUCGGGAGCUGGCCCACUACAUCAAGAGACUGGAUAUGAACGACCGAGAGUAUGAGGCUUACCUUGAAUGGAAACUGAAAGGGGACAUUUCCAACCCCAGGCUGCUUACAGCAAUGAAGGAACGCAAGUGGGGAGUGCAGGAUAUCACCCAGGACAAUUACAUUGACACCUUUGAGUGCAUGGUGUGUAACAGAGUAUGGGAAAACAUCAGGAGGGAAGAAAAGGGAUGGCUGCCACAGACCUGGAAUGCUCAGGUUAAUCACCUCAGUUGCCCCAAACCUGAAACCUUCUGGUUCUCAUCUUCAAACACAGGCCAGCCUUCCGUCCGAGAGAUGUGGAUCUCCAGCUUCGAGCAAUCCAAGAAGGAAGCCCGAGCACUGAGACUGCUGGUGGAAAGGAACACAAAUUUUACAGCUGAGGAAUUUUGGAUGCUUGUAUUCAGAGAAUAAACACAACAACCAGUAAAAC